CUUUCAACUUAAAAAAAUUAUUACCAAAUAUUUGGUUAAUAAACAUUAGGGAGUCCCAACUUUGUAAAAAAGAUCUAAAAAAGCGGAAAGCUAAAAAAUCUGAAAUCCACUUUUUUCGCUCAAUACUUGACUGUACAGAUUUUUUUAGUUACAUGAAAACAUCUGAUCUAUUUCGUCCGCACAAGUGGAAGUCGCUAGUUUUUUGUGUUCAAUUAAUUUAAUAAUUAGUUCUCUCAUUAAGUCAAGAUGCCUUUAAAGACUUCAAAACAGGAACUCAUGGAAUUCUUAGAACUGUUGGGCUGCAGUGAGAUUUUCUUUUUUGAUAAUGUUCAAAGUGCAUUGGAGGUGUUGGAGACCAUGGCGUUUUUUGAAGCUUCGAGGUAUAUCGAAGACCGUAAAGCUGUACCAAAAAGCGUCCAUUGGUUAGAAAAUGUCCUACCACAACUGAAUGAAAAGAGGUUUCGAGCUCAAUUAAGGGUGAAUAAAGCUACGUUUCUAGAUUUACUGGAAAUUAUCAAAGGUAAGCUAAAUCAUAGGACGAUUGCUCAGUCAAAUCACCAAGAACCGUUGGAGUUGCAGUUAGCAGUUGCAUUGAAUCAAUUGGGAACUUAUGGAAAUGCAUCCAGCUCCGAGAAUAUAGCUACAAAAUUUGGAUUGUCACAUGGUUUUGUCAACAAUUAUACAAACCGUAUUAUUGAAGGUUUAUUGGCCAUAUCAGAUGAUUGGAUUAGGUGGCCAAAUGAAGAUGAGAGAAGAAGAAUCAGCAACGAAAUGUUUCAGAACGGUUUGCCUAAGUGCGUUGGAUUUGUUGAUGGUUCUCACGCUCCUUUCUUCAAAGCCCCCAUGGAAGAUAAAGAAACGUAUUGGUCUCGCAAAAAAGAAUAUUCCCUUCAGUUUCAAAUUAUUUGUGACCCGAACAGAAUAAUACGACAUUUCUAUACUGGAUACCCAGGAAGUGUACACGACGCCAAGGUGUUUGCUGCAUGUGACAUUGCGAAGAAUCCUAACCAUUUUUUCAGCCCUGGGGAAUAUAUCAUAGGAGAUUCAGCAUAUCCAAAAUCUGAAACUGUCGUUGUUCCUUACAAACGACGACAAGGUCAACUUACUCAGACGCAAAGAGCUUUUAAGAAGUAUAUCUCAAGCCAUCGUAUUGCUGUAGAACACACCAUUGGACUCUUGAAGGGACGAUUUCAAAGUUUGAAACAGAUUCGUAUUCAAAUUGACCGAAAUGGCCAUGUCAAGUGUUGCCGGUGGAUAAAAGCGUGUGUUGUCCUGCACAACAUUUUAAUGCACAGGGACCCAUGGACUGAAAAUGACGAGAUGGUUGUGGAAGCUGAUGAUGAACAAGACGAUGAAAAUUUAGAACUUGGAAAUGCAAUAACAGCAGAAGCAAAGAGAACAGCAUUAUGUGAAAUUAUUUUAGCAAUGAAAUAA